AUGUUCACCUCCUUUAAGGUAAUGAACCCACUAGACGCAAUUUGCGACAAAAAACGUAACGAUGCUGUUUGUGUCAGCAAUUUGAAGUCAGCGAAACCCAUCGCCAAAGAGAUCCUGCAGGAACGACCGGACGUCAAGAUCUUCUUGCCGUUCAGAUUUCAUUUUUACAAGCCCAAGGAACUUUUCAAAGAAAAUACCUACAGAAAUUACUUAGUUGCUCCUGGCGGUGACCACGUCCUCAGUUUAGUAGAUGAGAUCUCUUACCAAGCUGCCCCAGCGCCACCACUCUCUCAAAUGCACGAGCUCUCACCAGAACUAUUCUGCAACGGGGACAAUAGGCCGGAAAACUGCGCAGUCGACUGCAGGUGUACACACAUGAUUGACGUUCCAUUAAACUCCAUUGUAGAAAUCGUCUUGGUGGAUGAAGUUCAAUCGCCUAAUCUUUCUCACCCCUUCCACCUCCACGGGACAUCCUACUCCGUGAUCGGCAUGGGACGGUCACCAGAUAAGAAUAUCAAGAAAAUCAACCUGAAGCACGCCCUAGAUCUAGACAGGAAAGGAUUAUUGCACAGGCAGUACGACUUGCCGCCUUUGAAAGACACACUGGCCGUGCCUAAUAACGGAUAUGUCGUUUUACGAUUGAAAGCUGAUAAUCCAGGAUACUGGCUCUUCCACUGUCAUUUCAUCUACCACAUAGUCAUCGGAAUGAAUCUAAUUCUACACAUCGGUACGCAGGCAGAUCUACCACCGGUACCACCGAACUUCCCAAGAUGUGGCCACCAUCUACCAUCUAUAACGCCACCGUAUUAUCCAAUAGUUCACUAA